AGGAGGCUUUUCUCGCCGCGGCUACUUUCGAUUCCCGGCGGCAUUCGCCGUCCUAGGAAUGCUACAGCGCAGCGCCCUUCCUUUGUCUCCGCUGCUGCUCAGAGUCAGAGGCGGCGCUGCUGCCAUGGCGCUGCCUCCCAAGAAUGCCUCUCCGAUCCACACCGAGCGAUGCUUCGUAGCGGCGCUGCCAGACGCGGAUCUGGUCUAUUUCACUUUGAGCAGCAGCGACAGGAAGCUGCCAGCCCCCCGCGGCGGGACCCGGCCCCGGUGCUUCCUGCCUCCCACGGGGAGAUGCUAUUCCUUCUGCAUCCCGGCCGCGCAGAGCCCCAGCGAGCGCGUCCGGGCCGCUAGGCUGCACAGACGUUUGCAGCAGGCGCUGAGCGAGCAGCCUUUCGGGGCUCGGGGCAAGGUGCUGUCCCUUCUCUCCUACAGCCCCCACGACCCUGCUGCGCUGGAGAGAGGCUUCCUCGUCCAGGACGCGCAGCGAUCGCCGGAGACCGAGCGCUCCUUGGAAGAGCUGCUGCGUCUCCUCAUGCCAGCGCCGGCCCGCUUCUGCGUGUACGAGGAGGCUGCAGACGGGCAGCUGUGGCGUGCGCUGUGGCGCCUGAAGGGGGCAGGAGAGGGGAAGGAGCUCCUGGGCAGAACGCGCGUCGUCCUUGCCGCCGCCGAGGGACCAUCCGGCCUCCAUCCCGCCGCUCUGCAGCUUCUCGAUUCUGCUGUCUUCAGCUCCCGAGAAGCUGCUUGCAGGGUCCUGGAGGAGUGUACUUCUCUAAUUCCUGAAGCCAAAGCAGUCCUUGAUUUUGUGAACGAGUGCCCUAAGAACCCAAAGAAGGGAGAUUUCCCUGUGGUUGUCAUUGAGGGACUAGAUGCAACAGGCAAAACUACAGUAACUCAAUCUUUGAAGACCUCACUGAAUGCUGUUCUCUUGGGGACGCCUCCAUCUUGUGUCAGCCAGUGGAGAAAGAUUUUUGAUGAGGAACCAACACUCAUACGGAGAGCGUUUUAUGCUCUAUCCAACUACAUUGUUGCUUCUGAAAUAGCCGAAGAAUCCACUAAGUCCCCAGUGAUUGUAGACAGGUAUUGGCACAGCACGGCAGCAUAUGCAAUCGCCACUGAAAUAAGCGGGAAAGUACAGAAUCUCCCUCCCUGUCAUCACCAAGUAUAUUGCUGGCCUGAAGACCUUCUAAAACCGGAUGUGGUCUUACUGCUGACUGUUAGUCCUGAGGAGAGAAUCCGAAGACUUCAGGGACGAGGGAUGGAGAAAACAAGGGAGGAGGCAGAGCUGGAAGCAAAUACUUUGUUUCGCCAAAAAGUUGAAGAGUCUUACAGAAGGAUGGUGAACCCUGCAUGUCAACCAGUUGAUGCAAGUCCAUCUAGAGAAGAGGUUCUCCAGACUGCUCUACAUUUGAUUAAACAGCAGUGUCAUUUACUGUAGUUGCUGUCAAUGCCCUACAGCAGGUAUGGUAGAGCACAAAGGAGCCAGACUAAAUUUCUCCAGCAAAAUAGUCUUCUCUACUGGAUAAGUGUGUUAGUGCUUUGAUCUCAGAAAAUGAGAACCUCAGGGCAAGAGAGGCAAUAACCUUUUACCAGACCAACUGAUCUUUAAAAUGCUGCAAGUAAGUUUCUGCACUACGCUUUUACCAGACUUGGACACUAAGAGAGACAGUGGGACAAGGUCAAGGCUGCACGCCCAGUUUAUUUUGAGUGGCUAACAUGACAUGCAGCAUUACGCUCCAUAGUGCUGUGCCCUGGGGCUGCUGUGGACCUACGCAAGCCUCAGCGUGACAAUGGCAAAGCCUCCGGAAAUGCUGCUUCCGCACCUGCUGCUUCAGAACAGUGUCGGGGUUUGCUUGGAAGGCUGCAGCAGCCCCAAGGCACCGUGUCAUGGAACCAUAACACUGCACAUCAAGUUAGCCACUGAGUUUAGUGCCUUUUUUGACAACCCCCCCCCCCAGGAGAUCCAUAGAUAUAUUUAUAUACGUAACAAACUUCGUAUUAGAUUAUACCACUUUUAACUGUCACAAAUUUCCCAAAUAAUCCUAGUACUAAUACUUUGGCAAGGGGUUCUAAGGAUUUAUAAGAGAGUAUUCACAAUAGGGCUGAGCCAAAUCGGGUGUGCAUCGGGAUCCCUCAGAAAACAUACUCCCCUCACCCACCACCAUCUCGCCAGUUUUCCAGGAAGCUCUGAGAUGGGGUGAAAAUAUUCACCUCUGGAGCAUAAUGACACUGCUCUAAUGCUGCCUCUGUGGUUCCUGAUUGGCUAUAAUUCUCUCAGGAAGACAACUGUUGAAUAAAAGCUAGAGUUGAAGCUUCAGAUUAGGGAAAGAAGCAACUGUGGGCAGGUGGCAAAAAGCACACAAAAAGACUAUAAAUAAAAUUAUUUGGCUACCCCUUUCACCUUGGAAGUUUUCCUGGUGAUACGUUAGCACAGCCUUAAUUCUCAGCACUCUCACCAAAUGUCCAUUCUCAGGAUUCUGUCACAGAAGUUGCAACAAUAAUGCUAGUGUGAAGCCUAUAGAGCUUUUCAUAGUCUACUGAGUGAGUGACAUCCCAUGCAUAUGUGUAAUGAAUAGUGGCCUGAAUACCAGCAAGUCUUAUAACCAGGGAUUUUAUUCUGCAUUUGAGACAGAACAAAAUGAGAUCUGUGAGAAUCGCGCUAUGGCACACCCAUACUUUUCUAGAUUAGGAGUUAAUUCAUGCUCCUCUACCUCCUCUUUGGUUCGCUGAAAUGGCAACAAAUAAGGUAGAAGUCGCUGCUUUAAAAAAGGAGCAUAAGCAAUAUACAGCAAUAUUUAUGCAUAGGCUCCUGGGAGGAAAUUUACCUUCAACUUUAGGACUGAACUGUGUGAAAUGUUCAGUCCUAUGAUUCUGGGUUUGUCCCAUUACCAGUGAUCUUUUUGGGAUUAUUGAUAUCUAAUUAAAGUUUUGUAUCUCAAUCUGGUGGAAAGAAGUCCAAUCUCUUAAUCUGUGUACAUCAGACUCAUCACAUUUUUCCAUAGAGAUUUCAGAUAGAUUUAGUGGGUAGAACUGAGACCUGUACAUUUACCCGAAGGGAACCAAUGGAUCCAGUAUUUGGGGGUGUUCCCCCCCCUGAUUGUUCUUUUUAUGUGCUGAACAUGUAUUGGUUCUGCUUUUCAAGAGGAGGUGUAAUACCAUACAUGAAUUAAAUUAAAAUUAAAAUUGCUCUUA